AUGGAUUUCUUUAUGGCCUGGGAUGAUCUAGUGCCACGAUCUCACAUAUGGAAGUUUAUUCCAAGAGCAGUAUUGUGGUCUGUUUGGAAAUGUAGGAAUGAAGUGAUUUUUCAGAAUGGGAAGGUUGAUCCAGUGUUGUUGUUCUUCAUUACACGUUUCAGAACUGUUUCUUGGUUUGAAACAUCAGUUAAGGAUGUUCACUUUCAUUUCGAUUCUUUGAUGGGUGAUUUAAAACUUGCAGAUCAACUGGGCAAUUCGCAUAAGAAGAAUCUUCCUUCUUCCAGGUGGAGUCCUCCUCCGGAAGGGUUUUUAAAAGUAAACGUUGAUGGUGCAAUGGUUAAAGAUUGGGAUAAGGGUGGUAUAGGUGGCUUGAUUAGGGAUGGCAGCAGGUUGGUGCUUGGGUCUUUUUCAGAGAAGGUUGGGGGAGGUCCUCCUCUGCUCGCGGAGCUUUUGGCUAUUAAAAGAGGGUUGAUUCUUAUUGAGGAAGUUGAAACUGAUUUCUAUUCAAAACAGAGGUUUAUUUUGGAAUCACACUCUUCAAAUGCUCUGAAGUGGAUUAAUAAUCCGAUCCUUAGUUCUACUUUGUUCCAAUCCUUGGUAACGGAUAUAGCUUCUACUGUGGAGAUGAAGGGUAUUAUCACAAGGCAUAUCUCGAGAGCAGCUAAUUGGGAAGCUGAUGAAUUAGCCAAAGCUGGCAUAGGCUGA